CAAAAUAAGAGCAUAUUUUUUACUUUAUCUCCUUAUCUUAUAUACUCUUAUAGACAGAAUUGAACAUAUAUUUCAAAUCAUCAACACUCUAUAAAUAAUACAGAAAGUGAAAUCCGCUAUACACAACAACACUCCUUUCACAACUAAAUUAAGAAAAAAAGAAAUAAAAAUAUAUGAUGAAUAGACGCCCAAAUUUAUCUUCAUCAUCAAGUCAGUCGUUGGUGUGUAUUGAGGGUACUUGGGAUGACCCUCAUCCCAAAAUGGCUGCUGUGUGGGGAGACCCAGCGGACAUCGGCGUUGAAAAGAUGAACCACGCCUCCCACCCUCACCCCCUCUACCAAUUCAAGCUCGAAAUCCAGGACAAAACCAACUGCAGCAUCUGCAGCUUGCCGAUUCGCGGAUUUGCCCAUGGCUGUGAAGCUUGCGACUUCUUCAUCCACGACGAAGACUGCCUCGAUCUCAAGGUUCAAAUCCAUCACAGAUCUCACCCUGAGCACCAUCUCCACCUCCGCCCUCCAUCCUCUGAUCGCAAUAUGUGCGACGCUUGCCUCUCUCCAGCCAACACCCCUUUCUACCGCUGCAGCAUCUGCGAUUAUGACCUGCAUGUAGACUGCGCUGUUUUAACCACAAGUGAGACGGCGGUUGACGGAACCUUGAUGCGGCUAUACUACUCGUUUCCAGUGGGGGCUAGUGUCUGGUGCAGUAAGUGCAAUGGUGGAAUUUCUAGGAGAGGCGGCUGGGUGUGGUAUGACAAGGAUACAGGUUUCACUGCUCAUUUCAACUGUGGAAAACCAGUAAUACAUAAAGAUCAACCUUGUCUUCUAAGGCCCUUGAUACGUUACCUACGUAGGAAAGGAUUCUUGUAAUGAUAAUUUUAAUAAUAUGAUACAACCCCACAACUAAGCAAACCCAAGACCCGAACGAGUUGCGAAGGUCAACUCGCAUUCAUAAGGAAAGGAAGGAUGAAUCUUUCAUUUAUGGCUGAUUGUACUCACAAGGAAAGGCUUGCGCUAUUAUUUUGGUUUAGAGGAUCAUGCCUCAAUAUUUCUUUUUAUUUACUUCCAUAUAUAGUUUUGGUUCAAUAAUAUAGUCUGCAUGACAACCCAAUAGGGUAGCUCAACUAGCAAAUGAGCUCUUUUUGUGGGGAAGAAUUCUGGGAUAACUCGGGUUUGAUUUCCACAAGUGACGAUUCCCUUUGGGCCAGCUUUUGUGCCUCCCGGAGCGAACCGGGUGGACCUGGACAAAAAAAAUAGUCUGCAUGACUGCACGUAAGAGUUGUUUAUAUUUGUACUAGUUUUUUACGCGCAAUAGCGAUUGAGAUA